AUGAACUCACUGUAUACUUCCGGUGUACGCCAAACGAACUCUUUACAGGCAGACAUGGAAAGGCUGCGCAAUGGCGACACUUCAUCUGCCCUCAUUGGCCAAAUAUCCGCUUCAUUGUCUGCUAUGCAGCGGACAAUAGACGAUUAUGAUUCUAUGACCAAACGUGAAAUCAUUAAAGCAAAGCAAGAGAAAGCACAGAUGCGGGUACAGAAGUUUCGCGCAGACUAUGCAGACCUGAGAAGUCAAUUCGAACGCCUACGAGGAGAAGCUGCUGCUGCGCAACAAGAAGCCAACCGCGCAGAACUGAUUUCCGCCUCCUCCGCCUCCGCCUCUCUCUCAUCUGCCUCAGAUUCACGGCGGCGGUUCCAAAAUACUGUGCCCACGAACUCUACUCUGCACCCCGGCUUGCGACCUCAACAUGAAAUCGUUUCUGAAUCCCCUUUCCGCGGCUCAACCCCCCAGCCAGGCAUGGGUGGUCGCGAAUUCCGAGCUCUGGACGAACAUAGUUUCAUUCAAAGCACCGAUACCAAGUUGGACGAAUUUUUAGCUCAGGGGCGGGAGGUCUUGGACAACCUGCGCGACCAGCGGAAUAUUCUUAAGGGCACGCAGCGCCGCCUCUUAGAUACCGCAAACACACUCGGCCUCAGCAGGGAUGUGAUUGGCUGGAUUGAGAAACGAAGCACACAAGACACGUACAUUUUCUUGGGUGGUGCCGUUUUCACUUUCUUCUGUUUUUAUUUGAUAUGGCGAUACUUGGGAUAG